AAUAAUAUUUAUAUUUCAAUAAAUUAAAUAAGUUGAUUCAAUUAAACAAAAAAAAUGAGGUUUUCUAAUAAUUCUCUCCAAAUUCCUAUCUCCAUUAUGAUCACACUAAUGGCUUUAUCCAUUCUUCAUCCAUCCUCCCAAGCUCUCUCCAAUGGCGCCCAACCCCCAUUCAUAUUCCAGUCCCGGAAACACAACGUCGACAAACCGCCGCCCGCCGCCCCGUCGGAGAAUUUCAUGCAAGAUUUUCUGGACGCGCACAACCGGCUGCGGGCGUCGGUGGGCGUGCCGCCGGUGACGUGGAACGCCACGGUGGCGGCAUUCGCCGCCUCGUACGCCGCCAAGAGGGCGGCGGCGGACUGCAAGCUGGUGCACUCUGGCGUGGCGGAGUACGGGGAGAACAUCGCGUACGGGUACGGGGACGACUUCGUCCCCGUGAAGGCGUGCAUGAAGUACUGGGUGGAGGAUGAGCGGCCGUACUACGACCACUCGUCGAACACUUGCGCCGCCGGCAAGGAGUGCCGCCAUUACACGCAGAUGUUGUGGCGGAACACCACCAGCAUCGGCUGCGCCAAGGCGGCGUGCCGGAACGGUUGGACGUUUAUUUCGUGCAACUAUUACCCUCCGGGCAAUUAUGUAGGGGAACGUCCUUAUUAGUUAAUUAAGGUCUAAUUAAGGACCUCUCGAGUGUAAUUAAUAUUAAUUGAUGUCAAAUAUUUGAUCAAUAUUUUGAUAUUGUAACAUUAUAAAAAUAUAAUGUUUCAAAAGUACAUUCCAAAAUGGGCAAAUUUUUUACGUAGACGUAAAAUCUAUGUUAAUUUUAUACGGAGUAGAUUUUAGUAUAUUUAAUUUGUAGUACAAAAAAGUUGGUUUUUUGCAAAAAAAAUCACAAGCAACCCAUGAAAAAUAUAAGAAAAUCUAUAUUUUAAAUGUAGAUCUUGGAUCAUGUAGGCAUCACUCUUCAAAAUGAAUAUAUUGGAAUAAAAUUUCUAGGUGUUG